GAUUGAUUUGCAAUUCCAAUUUUUCACACAUUACCGAAACAAUGAAGGUGCUAGCAGCUCUGUUAUUCGCUCUUAUACCUCUCGCUUUUGCGGAGGAUAUUCUUGAGAAUAGUGAUAUUCCCUCAUACAACACCGCUUAUGGAUAUCUAUCUAGAUUCGGAAUCCCUGAGGCUGAGAGGAUUCGCAAAGCUGAGGAGCAGAUGACGAACAAUGCAGACUCGCGUAUUGCUGGCGGUUCGCUAUCGACUCUCGGACAAUUCCCAUACCAGGCUGGUCUGAUAUCCGAUAUCAUCGGACUAAGCGGUAACGGUGUAUGUGGCGGGUCCCUUCUCAGUGCUAGAAGCGUCGUCACAGCUGCUCACUGCUGGUUUGACGGUAUCAACCGUGCCUGGAGGUUCACUGUGGUCUUGGGCUCCGUCACACUCUUCCACGGCGGCACCAGAAUUCAAAGCAGCUCGGUCAGAACCCAUCCUCGUUGGUUUCCUGUUUUCAUUCGAAAUGACGUUGCUAUCGUAACUCUACCACAAGCUGUUCAGUUUUCGGCCACCAUUUCACCCAUUUCUUUGCCAACACCACAAGAAGCUCAAGAAACGUUCGCUGGUACCCAAGCCGUGGCAUCAGGAUUCGGGCUCACCGGUGACGACCACGAACUAACCAAUCAGCAGUCGCUUAGCCACGUUAACCUGAAUGUCAUCUCCAACCUUCGCUGUUCUAUUGCUUUCCCCUACGUUCUUCAAGACUCAAACAUUUGCACAAGUGGACGUGGUGGAACCAGCACAUGCAGAGGAGACUCUGGUGGUCCUCUCGUUGUUGAAUGGGCUAACCGUCCUAUAUUGAUCGGUAUAACAUCAUUUGGAUCUGCCUUGGGAUGUGAAGUGGGCUUCCCUGCUGCCUUUGUAAGAGUCACAUCUUACCUGGACUUUAUUAACGAACAUGUUAUAAACUAACUGAAAAAAUAUGUAACUUAUAUGUUAUUAUACUUAUAUGUUAUUUUA